AUCUCAAUCCUGCAAUUCGUACGUAGCUCUACCUUCCCAAGUCCCAACCAUCAAAAUGCAGUCUCUCGGGCUUGAAAUUGAGAAGGACUUUGUCCAAACAUCAGAGCGAGUCAAAUCUGUGGAUCUACAUCCAACUAAACCAUGGAUUUUAACCAGUCUGCACUCAGGAAGUGUGUGUAUUUGGGACUACGAGUCCCAGAAGUUAGAGAAGUCCUUCACGGUCACUGGAUCACCAGUAAGGUCAGCAAAGUUCAUUGUGCGGAAAAACUGGAUUGUUGUUGGAUCUGAUGAUGCAUUUAUCCGUGUAUAUGAUUGUGAAACAAUGGAAGUUAUCAAAGAGUUUGAAGCACACAGCGAUUACAUUAGGGGUCUGGCUGUGCAUCCUAGUCUUCCAUAUGUGUUGUCGUCCUCAGAUGACAAACUUAUAAAGAUUUGGGACUGGGAGAAGGGCUGGAUUUGCACUCGGGUAUUUGAAGGCCAUGAUCAUUAUGUGAUGCAACUCGCGUUCAAUCCAAAAGACCUCAACACUUUUGCAAGUGCAUCACUUGAUGGCACCAUAAAGAUAUGGAAUGUUGAUUCUCCUAAUCCAAUAUUUACAUUGGAUGCACAUGCAAAGGGGAUUAAUUGCAUCGACUACUUCAUUUCUGGUGAUGAACUAUACCUCAUAAGUGGUUCAGAUGAUUAUACUGCUAAGGUAUGGGACUAUAAGUCCAAAACUUGUGUCCAAACACUUGAAGGUCAUGCACAUAAUGUUACUGCAGUACAUGUUCAUCCAGAGCUUCCUAUCAUAAUUACUUGUUCUGAGGAUGAAACUGUCCGCUUAUGGGACAAAGCAAAUUACAGACUUGAGAACACAAUGAAUUAUGGUCUUCAAAGAGUUUGGACUGUUGGAUACAGAAAAAAUUCGAAGCAAUUCGUGUUCGGUUGUGAUAAGGGGACAAUUAUGGUGAAAAUUACUAGCUCCAAAGGCUCUGAUGCUGCAAAUUUGAAACAGGAAUAGGAAGUCUCGAAAGCAUAAUGCCAUAUACCACAGUUAUCAUCAAGGGGUGUUGUGAAGAAUAAAAACCGUGUCUAUUUAUGGUUUAAGAGGAAAAGAAAUAAGUUCACUUAUUACUGUUUAUGCAGCUACCGAUUAAGUGCGUGAGCACUGAAAGUAUAAAGGUCCUUCUUAGGACGGCUUGUUUAUGUUUGUUUGACAUGUUUUUCUGUUGAUGAUGUAUUAGUUGUAAUUCCCGACAUGAAUCUGUUAUAGGUUCAUGAAAUCUCUUAUAAUUGAAUAAGUUUCCAGUUGCAAA